AUGCAGACCCUCGAAACGAUUUCCUCGACUGAGCCGCCGCAGUUCAGACUUCUUCACAGCCUACUCCCAGCCAGCAUUGUCGUCAACACCUUCGCGAAUUUCUUCACAUUACUAAUCUCUGUCGGCGCAUAUGGGCCCGCACGACGCUUCUGGCACUCGUUCGAGAUAUUUGUCUCACUAGCAUGGCUUUCCUUCCUGGUCGCUUUGACACUAAGCUGUGUGGCUCAGGCAAUACUGUCAUAUCAGAGACAUCAUAUUGUCGAUGCGUUCGAUAGAGGUCCUGACGGGUACCGCAAAUGGCGAGAUGGUGGUACAGGAAGCAAGAGUAUUGCUGAAAAAGUAGCAGUUGCUUUCGUGGUCAAAGUGCCGAUUGCCCUCCUUGUCAUGUUGGCCACGCUGAUUGGUCUGAUGUUCUGCUCUCUUUGCGUUGUCGCUCAUUGUUUAGCCGUCGGCUGGAUCGGAUUUAUGUGGACUCUUUCGAUGGUCGUUCUCGCUGUUGCAGCAGACGUCCUAUCAGGGCACGCCUGA